GAAGACCGAGACGGGCGGUCAUAUAGGCUACAGUUUAAAUUCAGGUCGUAAAAAAAAAAGAACACCGCCCUCCGGGAAGUGCAGUGACGUCGAGUUAACGUAACGUAUUACUGUUGACGACCAACCACCGUGUCGACGUGCGAGUUGUCAUGGUUGUUUUGUGGCUGUUGAACAUAGCUUAGCAUAGUUAGUUUAUAAUAAAGCGGGAUUUAACGUGUCCUACACAUCAAUGAAACCUCUUGACUCAGACGAGGAGGAAGAGGAGCAGCUGGGUGCUUAUCAUAAGGAGCUGAGACAGCGAGCCAACCAGAGCAUACAGCAGCUAAGCAGUACUUUAGAUCAGCUGUCACCCGAUGGAGAAGAGGUGGAAGGACCCAGAGGCAGCGAUGGCAAAGUCUUCACCGCCAUGUCCGAAGACGAAAAGGUUGCAUGGAGCCAAAAGACACAGAGUGAAGCAGUUAAUCAGCUGAAGAGCAUCUUACUGAAGCAGUGCAAAGAUAGUCCUUCUUCUCUCUCACCUUCAAAGAAACAUUCUCCAUCCAAGAGGACACAGCAGGAAGGAAGGGGCAGUUUACCUGCCUUUCAGGAUCUGGUCCCAAUUCACAACCAGUCAGAGUACAUCCAGCACCUGGAAGCUGAGGUCAAAUUCUGCCAGGAGGAGCUGCAGGGUCUGAAACAGCGGAUCAGAGUGGUGGUGGUGGAGAAUGAGAAGUUGCAUUCAGAACUCAAAUCCAAAGCUGUGAAUGAUUCUCUGAAAGACUAUACCAUUAGAAACGCCACGAUGAACGAGAGUUUGGCAGCCAAUACAGCCCACAGUGUGCUGCAGAAAGCAGAACACACCACAUUGAAAAACGAACUGGAACAAUUGAAAGUGAUCUACCAGGCCCAGAUUGAGAGCUUAGAGGCUCAAGUCAUCUCCCUCAGGAAGGAUCUGUCGAUCAGUCAGAAGGAGUGUGAAGAGGUCAGGGUUCGUCUGAGACACAGGGAGAAACAGGCUGCAGAUAAACAGAGAUCUGACAGGGCCCCACAUGUUGAAGGACUGUGUCUGAAAUGUGCACAGCAUGAGGCUGUGUUGGCUGGGACUCACACAAAUCUGCAUUUCCAGGCUAUUGACAGGCUCACAAAGGAGCGUGAUGAGUUACUGGUGGCUCUGCGGACCGUGCGGGCUAGUCAGCAGGAGGCGCAACAGAGGGAGUGGUCAGCCUGUCUCCAGGUCAAACAGGCUGUGGAGAUGGCGGAAGAAGCAAAUCUGUACAAAGCUAGGGUGGAGGUGCAGUAUCAGCAAAUUUCAAGGGAGCUCGCUCGCCAGAGGGAACAACGAGAAGAAGAAGCACAGGCUUUGCAGAAGAGACUGGCUGAGGCCAGAGAGGAGGGUCGAGCUGAGGCUCGUAAACAGAAAGAGGAGCUGGCGCAUACAUUGUCCAGCCUCUCCCAGCAAGUUGCGGAGUUGGAAAGCCAGCUCGACAGAGCUCAAAGAGAUAAGAGCUCGCUGACCAAUCAGCUGGAAGAUACUCUUCAUAAACUAACCAGUCAGGAACAGGACAAUACUAAGGUGUGUGUGGAUCUACGUUAUCUGCUCAGCCAAGCCCAGCUGAAGAAAGAGGAGACAGAGAGAGAACUCAGAGAGAUCAAAACCAAGACCAGCAGACAAAUGGAAAAGGCUGCACAGGAAGUGGAAAGGCUGAGCUCAGAGCUGGUUGGCUGUCAGAGGCAUCUGGAGGCUGUCCAAAAGGACGGGAGCCAAUGGCAGGCUGAAGUCCUGAGCCUAGCAGAACAGCUGGCAAAUGCCCAGCGCCAACUGCACCUCACCAGACAGGACAGAGAGAGCGCAGAACGGGCUCAUGGGGAGGAAAUGGCGUCUGUAACUCUGGCGGCGCGGGAAAAGGAGAGAGAGCUAAAUGUGCUGCUGGAGAAAACGGAGGCUGAACACCAGCUGAGAGUUGGAGAGUUGGAUGGUCUGCUGAGUUCCCAGAAUUCCUUGAUCAGGAAACUGAAGGAGGAGUGUUGCUCGCUUGGAGUCGGAUUGGAAGAAGUGACAGAAAACAAUAGAGGUAAGAUGGAGCAGCUUGCCCUGGAGAAACAGCACCUCGAGGAGACAGUGAAGAGUCUGAGAGCUCGCUGCUCAGACAUGGAGGAACAGUGUGUCCAACACGGCCGCAUGCACCAGCGCAUGAAGGACAGACUGCAGCAGUUGGACCGUCACUGUCAGAGCAGCGCCCAGCAGGUGUGUGAGCUGCUGGCCAAACAGAACCAGCUGAUGCAGGAGAGAAACACACUCAGCGAGGAGAUGCAGAGCCUACACACAGAGCUGCCAAACAUGAGAUGAGUCGAUGGUGUGUCCACCUGAGUCUGUCCCUCCUGUCUUCCUCCUCGGGUCUCAACAAAAUGUUCCGUAGGCGAGAAAAAUAUCAAACUGUGAUUGUUUUGGAGCUGGUUGAUGUGCACAGAGAGAAGUGUGUUCAUCCUUUUUGUAUUAGUGUACAGUGUAUACACACUUAUGUUUACACACAUUUGGAUCAGUUUGUAUGUAAAUUUGACAAAACUCUUACUGCAUUAUAUAUAGAGCAAACAUUCAUUCGUUAAAUGUUCCUCCAGAAUACAAGUGGUGCACUUCUAUGAGCUUUGGCAAAGUCCUUAAAUAUCAUUUCAAAUGUUUGAGAUAAACUUAACCUAAACGGAGGAGUGACUUACAUUUUGUAAGAUAAACAUCAAAUGUUUCAUCAUGUGGACCGGGCUGAUUACAAAACAAGUGGACACUUUGGCAGCAGAUUGACAUAGUGCUUUAUUGAAGCUGUCUGUAAGAAGGAAAAUAAUGUGCAUCCCUAUCAUAUACAUUUUAUGUGUAAAAAUACUAAGGAUGUACAGUGUAAAAAACAGCUUCAUGUUGAUGGUAAUUUGUUGUUGUCACAUCCUCACGGCCUCACUGGCCAGCAGCACUGCAUCCUAACAGCAUAAGGGACAGAAAAGGGAUGUUUGAUCGAUCUGCCCGGUUUCACCUCACUGUCUCAGAGUCAACAUCCUCUCUGCGGAGCUUACCUCGGCUUUACAGUGAUCCAGGGAAACAUGGCCCACUCUGUGAACAGCUGGCAUCUGUCCAGAAAUGUCUUACACAACUGUAAAGCUACAGGAGAUGGAUGUGAAAUAAAAUCUGUUACAUUUUUGUAAUAUUUGUA